UGGUUUUUAUAUCAGGGCCCUUAUUACCGGUGUCACUACACGGUGAAAACCAAGUGAAGUGACUGUGACCCUUAUUAUGGAUAUCACUUCACGGUGGAAAUCAAGUGAAGUGAAUGUAGGUCCUUAUUACGGAAGUCGCUUCAGAGACAAAUGUAAUUACUUGAAUGAACUUGAUGUCAUUAUGAACAUCACGCCACCAACAUUUUGAUGAAAAAAAUAGUUUUUUCUACCACAGUGAUCACUUCACUAUGCGUGAUACCGGUAGUAGGCAAAAUCAAGUGAAGUGACAUAUAAGUGAAGUGAAUGUGAAAGUGGAAGUGAGAACGGUACUAAGGGCCCAGGUUUGCUAAAAACCCUCGUUGCUAAGUGCGAAAUCAACAGUUUCAUAAAAAGUGUUUGUUUGAUAAAACUACCGUGGGUCAGUUUCAGUUUUCUCAAGCGAAAACGACAUUAGUGUCAGUAGGAUCGUAGUACUAGCCAUGCAAUGAUUCUGUACGCUGUGAAUCGACUGCGAAGUUUGUUGAAACAGAAAGGCUAAAUUCCACAAAAAAAAGAAUGUUCAGAAAAGAAACGCACAGCUAUCAAAAUACAGUUUUCAUUUGCCGCAACCGAGAGAAAAUAAUCGAAAACCUGUUUUGUAAGGAUAAAAGCAGAUGAAUUUCAUAAUGCUUCCAACGCCGCUUACCGUUUUCUGUUAGUAACGCGUGAAUGAGGUAAGCACAGGAAAGAGAACACGGUCCCUAAAUUAUACUUGAUCCCGUAUGAGCUCAAUUGAAUAAACCUAGCUCUCGCUUUCGACGCUGUGAUUGACGAUUUACAGCGCAGUAAAAGCAUGGGCCUGAUCGUAGCUUGGAUCUUAUUUAGCUAUUUGAAAUGCAUCAAUAGCAACGAAAUCGAAGCUCCGAUAUGUCUCCAGACUCAACCGAAUCUAAACAAUGCCAGCAUUGUAGCACUGAUCCUAGCCCGCGGAGGAUCCAAAGGUAUCACACUGAAAAAUAUUGUCAAAAUGGGCGGACAACCGCUCCUGGUUCGAACGCUUCGUACUCUCCUCAACUUUGGACGGUUCGAUUCCCUGUGGGUUUCGACCGACGAUGACAGGAUUGCCAACGAAGUAGGGGAGGCAUUCCCCGAAAAUCAAGUGCUCAUUCACUUUCGUCCCGAGGCGGUAGCUCAAGAUCACACAAGCUCUAUCGAAUCAACAUUAGAAUUUCUAAGCCGACAUCCGGAGAUCGAAAACAUUGCCCUGGUGCAGUGCACCUCGCCGUUUCUGAGAACCCAACACCUGGAGGAAGCGUUUGUCCGGUUUCACUCAGCGGCACCGCCAGUGGAUUGUGUUUUCAGUGCGGUACGGAGUUUCAAACUUCGAUGGAUCACCAUCGGACCGACCGGUACACUAGUUCCGAUCAAUUUCGAUCCCGCCCGACGACCCCGUCGUCAGGAUUGGACCGGUGAACUGACGGAGACGGGAAUGUUUUACCUGACACGGCGUCGUCUACUGAUGGCUGGUCGUUUCCAGAACACCCACUGCGACGUCGUCGAGGUUGCGGCCCGCGAUGCACUGGAAAUUGACGGACGGGACGAUUUGGAACUGGCGAGAAUGAUGGUUGAACUGCGGCACUCGGAUGGACAGGAGUGAAUGACAAAGAAUUAUGACAACUUUAUGGUUAUGGAAAUAAAUGUUCAUGGUCUACUUCGAUUGUCAAUUGGAACGAAAAGCAAAAAUCAAAUAAUCGAUUUUCGAGUUUCGAACAGAUUU